AUGGCAGUGUUUGAAAAGAACCUCCACCAGAAAAUGAUUUCUCAGCUGCAUUAUUUUGCUGCUAUUGGAGAUGCAGCCAAACUGAAAGCAUUGCUCAGUCAUUCUCCGUCACUUGUCAAUGCAGCUGCAGAUAACGGCUGGACAGCCUUGAUGCAUGGUGCCAGGAAUGGACAUCUUGAGGUUGUGCAGAUUCUUCUUGAAGAAGGAUGUGACAGGUCCAUCAUUAAUAAAUCAAGGCAGACAGCUCUGGACAUUGCUAAAUUUUGGGGAUACAAGAACAUAGUGAAUUUGUUAGCAGAUGGGAAUGGUGGACAGAGGCCUGCUUUUCUGUCAAAUGAAGUGAAGGAAUGUGAAAAUUAUUUUGGCUUAACACUUCUGGAUAGAAGAAGUUCUAAAAGAACAGAUUCCAAGUGGCUAAGUGAAAAACAAACCCAUCCAACUACAGUAUACAUCCUCUUCUCAAAUCUAAGUCCUUUGGUUACUUUGAGUGCGGGAACAGAGGGCUCCCAGCAGCCAGAAGUAAAGCUUUGCAGGCUGUGCCACAAGGAUGUUGAGCAGUACAUAAACCAAACUGAAGAAGGCACCUUAAUUUUUCUUGGAGUUGAACUUCAGUUACACAUGAAUGUGCUGGGUGCUUGCAAUGGAAGAAGUCUACAAGAUGAAGAGGAUGGGUUAGUUGCUUGGUUUGCUGUUAGUGUAGAAUCUGCUUCUGCUGAGAAGUUCAAACAGAAUCAUGAAGAUUGUUACUUUCUUUACCCACCUCUGCCAGAACUACUUCGGCUACCUGAAAAAGAAGCUGGAGUGGUAGCCCAGGCUAGGUCUGUUCUAGCAUGGCACAGUCGCUACCGAUUCUGCCCAACAUGUGGGAGUGCAACCAGGAUUGAAGAAGGAGGUUACAAGAAAACCUGCUUACAAGAAGGUUGUCCCAGUCUCCAAGGUGUUCACAACACAUCCUAUCCAAGAGUUGAUCCUGUUGUGAUAAUGCAAGUCAUCCAUCCAGAUGGAAACCACUGCCUUUUAGGUAGGCAGAAGAGAUUUCCCCCAGGAAUGUUUACCUGUCUUGCUGGAUUUAUCGAACCUGGUGAAACAAUAGAAAAUGCUGUUCGAAGAGAAGUAGAAGAGGAGUCUGGAGUCAAAGUUGGCCAUGUUCAGUAUGUUUCUUGUCAGCCAUGGCCAAUGCCCUCUUCCCUAAUGAUUGGCUGCCUAGCUGUUGCAGUAUCUACAGAAAUUAAAGUUGACAAGAAUGAAAUAGAGGAUGCCCGAUGGUUCACAAGAGAACAGGUUGUGGAAGUUCUCAUUAAAGGAAACCAGCAUUCUUUCUUUGUACCACCAAGUCAAGCUAUUGCACACCAGUUGAUAAAACACUGGAUUGGAAUGAAUGCUAAUCUUUAAUUCCAGUAAUUAAUUACAUUAAACUGCUUCUUUACUGGAUUCUAAAUUAAGAAUAAAUUAGAAGGAAUUGUAUAUCUAGUAAAUUAUUCUUUUACUUUCCUUUGGUUCCUGGGCUAAAUUGUGGAAACCUUUGAAGGUUUUUUCCAAAUCUGAGUUACAAUUGGACAAUCACCCAGUAAUUACCCCAAGCAGGCAAGUGAGGUGAAAGUGUUACCUUGUUGUGCACAGGCUGCUUUUUUGUUUUGGGAUCAAUUUAUUAUGCUCUUUGCUAUUAUGCUCUUAAUAUUUGAUUUGGUCUUUCCUGUCCCCGGCUAUUAGGAGUCACAGCAUUACAAAGAUACUUGACUGUUGUUUGA